CCGCGGGGGGGUCUCCGGGCCGAGGCGCUCCGUUCCCUGAGGCGGCGGCACUGGCGCGGCUCGUCUAUCGGCGAGAGCGGGUGGGGGAAGGGGCCGCCCGCGGCAUGGGGCGCUGCUGGGGCCGCCCCCCUCGCCGGGCCCGGCGCGCCCCCGGACUCUGCCUGCGGCGCCGCCCGCGGGGCCUGUAGGGGCGGCCGCGCCGCGCCUGGCCGGGGGGAGCGGCGGCAUGAGGAGCCGCGGCGGCCGCCGGCAGUGAAUGGGCAUCGCGGCGGAGCGGGAGGAGCCGGAGCCGCCGCUGCCGCGAUGGCUCAAGAGAAAAUGGAGCUGGACCUGGAGCUGCCGCCGGGGAGCGCCGCGGCCCCGAGCGACGGGGGCGGCCUGAGGCGAUCCAACAGCGCCCCCCUCAUCCACGGGCUCAGCGAUAAUUCACAGGUGUUCCAGGCUAACGUUUUGCGAACCCGCAGGAACAGUACCACAGUUAUGAAUCGUCAUAGUCUGUUUGUGCCAUCAUCUCCUAUCCGUAUUCCUAGCAGCCGUCUUCAUCAAAUCAAACAGGAAGAAGGAAUGAAUUUGAUGAACAGAGAAACAGUACGUGAAAGGGAAGUGCAAGUAGCAAUGCAGAUGAGCCACUCAUGGGAGGAGAGCUUGAGCCUGAGCGACAAUGAUUUUGAAAAAUCAUCAUCACCAAAGCAAGUAGACUUUGUCCCAGUUUCUCCAGCUCCCUCACCUACCAGAGGAAUAGGCAAGCAAUGUUUCUCACCCUCUUUGCAAAGUUUGGUGAGUAGCAGUGGAUUACCUCCAAGUCCUAGCCCAAGUCCAACAAGGCGAUUUUCAAGCAGGAGAAGCCAGAGUCCAAUUAACUGCAUUCGACCAAGUGUUCUUGGGUCAAUAAAAAGAAAAGGUGUAACAGAGAUAGAAGAUCAUCCAAAAAGAUUAUUCCAAGGAUCCACCAACAUGCUUUCCCCUGAAGUUUCACAUCAGGUGGACCUUGGGGGAUGUCUGUCGUCACAUGCUCUUGAUGACAACAGAAGCAGUGCAGGCUCUUCCUGUGACUCACCAGCUGAAGUUGGCACCAACACAGACUCUCCAGUCUCACUAUCGGACUCCAGAUCUUUUUUACCAGUAGAUCUUAUGGCUAAGUUACCUAUUAAUUGAGAAACAGAAGUCUGCUAAUGGACACCAGGAAACAAGCUGGAUAUCAACAAGACUUUCUGUUGUGUUUAACUGAUUCUGUUCCUCAUAGGAACUUCCAGAAAUGUUAUUUCUAGAAAACUUCCAGAAUAGUUCCUUGAGGAGGAAUUCACAUUUCUAGUGAUUUGUAUGACAUUUACUAAAAUACAGUAAGCAUUUGAACUGCAGACGUAUUUCAUGCUAUCAUCAGUAAGCAAGCUGUUGAUUUAUAAUGGAUAUUGUCUUGUUGGCGUAAGUUACAAAAUGUGACGUCCAGAAUGUGUGUAUGUUCUGCUUGUGGAAGGCUUGGCUUUCCAACAGCCACCAGGCAGUGUCCUCACUAACAUAAGCUGGUGCUUAUGUAGUAGCAGAUAACUUUGGCGUUUGUCCUCAGUCUGAAACUAAAGAAGCAGCUUACUAAUUUCUUUUUAUUCCCUGAGUGUAAGAUAUUUAUGGUUUUUAUUCCUCAUAUGAAAGGGGGAGUUUCGGGGGGGGGGGGGGCGGAAUUGAUUCUUGUGUUCUGAUUGGCUGUUAAAUCUGUGUUCUAAUAGGUGUCAAAAGAACAAGUUGGUGAAUUGUCAACUUAAAUUUGUAUGUUGGAUUUUAUUCAUGAUCAUGACUGCUAUUGUGACUAAAUUCAAAUGAGGUGUGGAACGCUCCUCUGGGUUUUUGUAUUAUUUUCUUUUUCUUCCCCAUUUAGAUGAUGUAUUAGAGUGGUAGAUGCUCUGUUAAAGGUCUUUUGAUAGGGAAAAAUAGUAAUAAUGUUUGGAAUAAAACGUUAAAUCCUGAGGCUUUAGUAUUUAGUACUUCAGAAGUGCUUUAUUUUACCAGACAGUAUUCAUCCUCAUAUGACUUCUGUUGGACAAAUACAGUGAGGAAUCUUGAAUGCCUUUUUACAGGCUGAGGUGAUCAAACAUGUUUAAUCUAUGUUUAGUCUCAUGCCACUUCGUCAAACAGUGGCAUCAAGUUAUUUCUGCUGUUGAAAAUGUCAGACACUGAUCGGAAGCCUAGAAUUUGGUAAUCUGAGAUGUUUCAGGAUUCUUUUACUGUAUUUGAAAAGUCAGUGCGUUGAGGCAUCCUGAGCUCAACUCUGAAAUUCCCCAGACAGGAGGAGAAAUCUGCAAACCCCACCAUAAGCCACGUGUCAGAUUUUCCAGUGGGAACCUCAUUUUGGUGGUUGUCUCCUGUUAAGCAAUUGAGUGUCCCCAGCUGCGUCCCCGUUUGUACAUCUGUGUGUGUCUGUACUAUGUGGUUUUAAGCCUUGUCUUCAGAGCGGUUAGUAAGAAAAAUGUUUUAUUUUUAAACACUGAAUCUUUGUAAUGUGUAUUGAACUGAGAGAGGUAUAGAAACUUCCUGAGGUUGGAGAAAAGCUCACUUUGAACUCUGCUGUGAAAGGUUCACAUGGAUGAAGUUUUGAUUGACAUCAGUCAUCAGAAUUAGAAAUGGAUGACUUGGAGGGCAAAGGCCUGCUGACCUGAGGGCCGGUGACCAGUUUCUGUGUGUCCUUAUCGUAGAAAGAAAAUAGAAUGUAUUUUAAUAGUGUUACUCAGUUCAAGUAAGAUACGACACGGUUUAGUUAUGAUUUCAUUCCUCUUAAGUUAUUGUAAUAGUCAACGUCCCAAUUGCAGUUCCUUUUUAAAUUCAGACUGUCCUUCAUCCCUGUGGCAGAUGGACAAGCUUGUGUUUAAUGUCUGUUUGCUCUGUCUAAUAUGGCAUAGCUUGCUUCGCUAUUUCAGGUAUGUGCCAAAGAGUCGCUGUGCAUUCACUAUUUUGUGGUGAGGGCGAGACUUUUUUUUUUAAAUCUUGCUUAUUUUUUAAGACUGAACCUCCUGGUGUCUCUUCCAGUCUUUUUUAAAAGGUGCAUCAGUAGAGGAGUUUAAUAGUUGCGUGUGGGUCAACUUGUCUCUCUUCUGUUGAAUAUUUAUGCUAUUUUUCAAAUAAGUGCCAAUAAAUGGAAAAAUAAAUGUG